AUGUUCUCUCGAGUCCUGGUUCAGACCGUCCUGUUCCUCGGCCUGGUCUCUUCCUGCGCCGCCGCGCAAGCCGAUGACAGCUUCGUCUUCUAUGGAUUUACCGGUGCCAAUUUGACACUAAGCGGGCAGGCCGUACUCACCUCCGGCGGCCUCGUGCAGCUGACCAACGAUACGGCGGAAGAGCAAGGCCACGCCUUCUUCCCCCUUCCUUUCCGCCUCAGAGACCAUUCCAACCGCAACAGACCGCUGUCCUUCUCCACCAGCUUCAUCUUCGCCAUCGUGCCGAAGUACCCCGACGUUGGCGGCCACGGGAUCACCUUCGCCCUCUCUCCCACCGUGAAUCUCCCCGGAUCCAUGCCCAGCCAACACCUGGGCCUCUUGAACACCACCGACAACGGUAACCUGUCGAACCACAUCGUCGCAGUCGAGUUCGACACCGUGAAGACGGUAGAGUUCGGGGACAUCAAUGCUAACCAUGUCGGGAUCGACGUCAACAGCCUGAACUCUGUGAACAGCACCGCGGCGUCGUAUCUUGACGGCGGCACGUACAGGAACAUAAGCCUCAUGGGGGGAGGACCGCUGCGCGUCUGGGUAGAAUACGAUGGCUCGAGGAUGAAGAUGGAAGUCACGAUUUCUCCAAUGGAGGUGGCCCGGCCGAAAAUACCCCUCCUCUCAGCUAUCGUCAACCUCUCAUCGAUCGUUAAAGAAGAAACUUACCUGGGAUUUACAGCUUCCACCGGGGCGGCAACAGAAACUAAUUAUGUUCUAGCUUGGAGCUUCAGAUUGGAUGGGAAGGCCGAAGAACUCGAUCUCUCCAAGGUCCCAAAGCUUCCAGCGAAGGACAAACCAGGGCGGGAACGAUGGCGGGUAGUGUUGCCUAUUGCGCUGCCUUCAGCCGGAGUUUUCGUUCUCCUCAUAGUCAUCGCCAUGGUGAUCUUUGUCGCAAGGAGGAGGAAAUUCGCAGAGGUGCUCGAAGACUGGGAGCAGGAAUACGGGCCUCAAAGGUUCUCGUAUAGGGAUCUUUACAGAGCGACGAGAGGCUUCAGCGAAGAACAGGUGGUGGGAGUUGGAGGGUUCGGCCGGGUCUACAAGGGCGUACUCCCCUCGUCCAAGGUGGAGGUCGCCGUGAAGAAGAUCGCCCACGAGUCGCAGCAAGGGAUGCGGGAGUUCGUGUCCGAGAUCGCGAGCAUGGGGCGGCUCCGCCACAGAAACCUGGUACAGCUGCUCGGUUACUGCCGGCGGCAGAGGGAGCUCCUCCUGGUCUACGAAUUUAUGCCAAACGGCAGCCUCGACAGGUACCUCUUCGGCUCGGGCAGGCCGAAGCUCAGCUGGGAGCAAAGGAUGAGUAUCGUGAAGGGCGUGGCUUCCGGGCUCCUCUAUCUUCACUGCGGGUGGGAUCAGGUGGUCGUCCACCGGGACAUCAAGGCCAGCAACGUCCUCCUCGACGGCGACCUCAACGGGAGGUUGAGCGACUUCGGCCUGGCGAGGCUCUACGACCACGGCACCAACCCUCACACCACCCACGUCGUCGGCACCUUCGGCUACCUCGCUCCGGAGGUGACCAAGACCGGCAAGGCCACCACGAUGACCGACGUCUACGCCUUCGGUGCCUUUCUCCUCGAGGUCGCCUGCGGCAGGCGGCCCAUAAACAUGCGCUCCUCCGGCGACGAUUCCUUGCUCAUUGACUGGGUCCUAGAGUGCUGGAAGAAAGGGGCCAUCGCCGAGGCCGCGGACCCGGAACUGAGGAGAGGCGGCGGCGAGGAGGCAGCGGAGAUCGAGCGGGUGCUGAUGCUCGGGCUGUUCUGCUCCCACACCGAUCCUAUGGCUAGGCCGAGCAUGAGGCAGGCGGUGCAGUAUUUGGAAGGCGACGCACCGCUGCCGGAGAUGUCCCCGGCCUGCCUCGACGCCAGCUCCUCCGCCUUCCGCCGGAGCGAAGGCUUCGACGAAUUCGGCGUGGCGUUCCCAUACACCUUGACAACGUCGUUCGGCCGCGACUCGUCCGUCGGUGAGUGGUUCUUCACCCAAAGCCGUUGA